CGGGCAUGUUUACACGGGGGCCGAGGGGGGCGGCACCAGCGCGGUUGCCCCCCCCAUCACCGCUCCCCCCCCCCCCCUCCGUCCGUUCCACACACACCCCCCCCCGGCACGAAUGGUCUGUUCCUCGCGCUCUAUUUAACCCGCGCCGCUGCCGCACCGCCGGCCCCAGCCCCGACACCGGCGCCGCGCUCGGUGCGACCGGAGGCUCCACGCUGCGGCUCGGCUCGCCGCGGGCACCGCCGCCACGAUGCUGCCCCUCGGCCUCCUGCUGCUCCUCGCCUGCUGCGGUGCCGCCCGGGGAAACCUCUCCCGCGACGAGAGCCAGCCCACGACGUCGGAUGAGACCGUGGUGGCCGGUGGUACCGUGGUCCUCAAGUGCCAAGUGGAGGAUCCUGACGACUCCUCGCUGCAAUGGUCCAACCCUGCCCAGCAGACCCUCUACUUUGGGGAGAAACGAGCCCUGCGGGAUAACAGGAUCCAGCUGGAGAAAUCCACCCCCAACGAGCUGACCAUCAGCAUCAGCGACGUGGUGCUGUCGGACGAGGGGGAAUACACGUGCUCCAUCUUCACCAUGCCCGUGCGGACCGCCAAGGCCCUGGUCACCGUGCUGGGAGUCCCGCAGAAACCGCAGAUCUUCGGCCACGAGCAGCCCAUCGAUGAGGAGAAGGUGGCGCGGCUGACCUGCCGCUCCUCGGGCAGCAAGCCCGCGGCACAGCUCCGCUGGAGGAAGGGCAACAAGGAGCUCAAAGACGAGGGCACCGAGGUGGUGGAGGACCCCAAUGGCAAGACCUUCACCGUGAGCAGCCGCGUGGAGUUCCAGGUCACCAAGGAGGACAACGAGGCCGAGGUGACCUGCACCGUGGACCACGAGUCGCUGCAGAACUCCGAGAGGUCCACCACGCAGAAGCUGCAGGUUCACUACAAGCCAACAGCAAAGAUCGAGCCGCAUCCGCAGUACCCGCGGGAGGGCGAGAAGCUGCAGCUGCAGUGCGAUGGGCAGGGCAACCCCAUCCCCCAGGAAUUCCUGUGGGAGAAGGAGGGCAGCGACGCGCCGCUGCCGCUGAGCUCCGACAGCGUCCUCAUCUUCCCCUUCCUCAACAAGAGCGACAGCGGCACCUACGUCUGCACGGCCACCAGCUCCAUGGGCAGCGUCGUGGCCAAGUACAACCUGGACGUCAGCGAUCUUCCCCAGCUCCCCACCCCACACGUUCACUCCACUCGGGGCCCUUCCCAGCCCAUCUCUCAUGCUUCCAUGGCCACCGCUUCAUUCUCCACUCCAGCUCCCAUCCAAGACGCCAGCCCCGUGCCCUCGACCUCCAGCACGUACCACGCGGUGAUCGGCGGCGUCGUGGCCGUCAUCGUCUUCCUCCUGCUCAGCCUCCUCAUCGUGUUGGGCCACUACCUGAUCAGACACAAAGGUAUGUGCAUAAGACACGGGGAGACGGUCACAUCCAGACACCGGCCAAAGCCAGCAGAGGUGAUGUGUACAUACCUGACCCACGAGGCCAAGGGCUCGGAUGAUGCCCCGGAUGCCGACACCGCCAUCAUCAACGCGGAGGGCGGCCAGGCCGGCGGCGACGACAAGAAGGAGUAUUUCAUCUAGGGUUGAGUGGGACAGAGCGAGACAUGGAGCCACCAGACCCCGAUGGCGACGGAAACCAGACCACGACCCCCCAUUGCACCCCCUGGACUUCCCCUGGCGCCCGGCGCGGGCAGAGCCCCGGGCAGAGGGAUGCGGGACAGGGAGCACAGGAGCCACCGGCCUGAACCACGCCGCUGAUGCUUGAACUUGUACAACCCCUGGUUUCCAGGAGCGGCGGCCCCGGCCCCGCUCGCUUGCUUUGCGCCUCCAUCCCCGUGAGUGAGCGAUUCCCUCCCUCCUUCGGACCUUUGCUUUGGUUUCGUGGCUGCUCUUUUGCUUUGGGCCCUCGGGUGGGACCCGGGGCUGGGGUCGAUGUAGCUCUUUCCUUUGUUUUCGUUCCAGUUUGGUUUACUUUGAGAUAUCCAAGGAUAAAAUCAGCUCCAGCACGAGCUCGGGGCAGCCCCCAUGUCACCAGCGCUCGCCCUGUGUGUCCCAUCCAGAGCUGGGAUCCCGGUGUUCCCUCCCGGCCGCGGCUGCUGCGCGGUGUUGGGAUGGGAAUGGGGCAUCGCCGCCGCCGGGAGGGACCCCAGGCCCCUGCCCUGAUUUUAUCCUUGGUGGUUCUUGUCCAACAGUGUCCAUUUGGGAGGAAGCUGUCCUCGUGUGGAACGUGUGUGAAGGGGGGUGAGCUUCCAGGGUGGGAUCUGCUGAGCCCCCGGAGAGACUGGGAGCUGCUGGGAUUGCAGCUCCCCGGUCCCACCCCAGCGGGAGGGGGGAGGGAGGAGCUUUGGGGGCGAAUCCAGAGGAAAAAGGGCCCCAACUUUAUACAAAAGUCCAUUCGGAACCAUCUUACUCCAAGGUCAAUUCACAACCAUCUAUUGAGACGUUCAGUGCAGGAGGAUGAUCGAUGCUGAGCUGCUGGACCUGCGGCCGCAGCCAGCGGCACCGCGGGAGCUGAGCUGGAGCUGAGCAGGGUGGCACAAGGGCGAGGAGAAGGGGCUCCGCUCCUGGAGCAUCCCCCUUCCCACCCUGUCCCCCUUCCCGGGUGGAUGGGAGCUUGGAAAAGGCUGUUUCCUUUCUGGCUCCAAAUGAAACACCCGGUUUAGAGUCCUGGCAGCUCGGGGGGGUCUCUGAGGAGGCUGGGGGGGGGUUGUCCAACUUCCUUCUUCCUCUUCGCUGUCUCUUCCAAGGCAAAUCCAAGAAGCUUUCCCAACCCUUCUCUUGGUCCCCAGAUCAUGGGCUCAUGUGCUCCAGCAUCUGCAGGACACCCCGAGGAGCCAGGUCUUGGCCCUCUCCCUUGGGAUGAGGCUCUCCAGCUUCCCAGGAUCGCAGCAUCCUUUGGCCUGGACACAAGGGGUUUGCAGGAGCUGCCCUUUGGUUGGGUGUCCCUUUGAUUUUGGGUGGGCUGGAGGAGGAGAACCCUUUGGGAACCCUCGGUGGGGUGGUGACCUCGCCUUGGAGGUGGACGAGGAGCUCCCAUCCUCCGCCAUGGGGCAGGGGAUCUGUGGGGUACCAGGGCUCUGUGGGGAGCAUCACUCCCAUCCAGACCCCACGAGCACAUGGCAGGAGGAGGAUUCCCAUGGGGAAGCCACCACGGAGCGAGCAGGGCUGGGAGAGGAGGCCGGAGCAGAGGAGGCAGCUCAAGGGGGUGAAGGAGUUGAUGGUGUUUGUGGCCUGUGUGUGGACAGGAUGAGGUUCACGGUGGCUUUGUUGGGUGUCAGGAGCACCGAGCACGUAUGAACGUGUGGUCCAGGGCUUGGCUGAAGAUCUCCAACAGCCACUGUCCAACAGACGACGUUCCUUCAAAUACAAACACAAGGAUGUGAUUCCAAGUAGAGUUUAAUCUCUGAAGUCUACGUGCUGUAGAUGAUGUGAAGAAAGCCCCAACCUGGGGCUCUGGGUGGGAAGGGGGUAACUGCUUCUAGGGGCGGGGAGGUGGGAGCUGAGGUCAGGGAGGUUCGUGCCUCUUUGAGGCUGUAGCUGCUGUUCCAGGGCUCAAUCCAGUCGGGAUUUGGUCUUUUUUGAGGUGUCGCAUGGUCCAGGAUGGAGCCAGCACAGGCAGGACCCAUCAGCAAUGGAUGGGCCGGGCGAUGCCCAUUGUCCUGCUGUGGUGAGAGCAGGAACCAAAGGGCUUUGGAGGAUGGACGGGACCAGCAGCGAGGGGUGUGAUGGAGCCCUGUGGCACGUGUGAGGGUGACGGACACACCAGGUCACCCAUGUGGGGACACGGCCACGGGGCUGCCAUGGGGACACCUCGUGGCGUGAGGUGAUGGGGAGACCACUUUGUGAGUGGCUGAAUGGCUCGUGGCAGGGUGAGGUGUGGUGGGACCUGGGGGCGCAGUGGGGCUCAGCGUGGUGGUGAACACCCCAUGUCAUGAGAGGGGGUAUGUCACGACGGGUGCUGGUUGCGAGCACAUCAGGGUGACGGGUGUAGGUCCGGUUGUAGGUGGGACACAGGGUCAGGGCUGUCCAGGAGGGAUUGGUCCACCCUGUCCUUAAGCCCAAGAGGAGACGUGGGCCAGGGAAGGGGUGAGGACCUUGCUGCUCGUAUGGGGGUGACAGCACCCGGUGUCACAGCGGGGAGGGGACACCCUCCCUGCCGCUGCCACCGCGUGGCGGGGCCAGCCCAGGGCCACCAGCCGCCUCCAGGGGCCACCUUGUUGCCCGCACACGUUGGCUUCCAGCCCCGCGGCCAGCCGGAGCCACCACCGGGCCAUGGGAGCCGGGGCUGCGGGCGGAUGGAGGAGGAUGUGGGACACUUCGUCCCUCGGGUGCAGCCGGGAUGCGGCGGCUCCGGCUCGGCUCCGGCCGCUUCCCACUGGCACUGAACUCUCAAUAGACACGAAAGCCAUAUUUGUAGGGAGCUCUGGAGACGCCGUGGGGCGGCAGCGGGACGGGGCAGAGGACGGGCUGUGUCGUUGUGCUGUGUUCGACGUGUAUGUACAUAAGGGGAGACGAGGGACGUCGAUGUGACUUUAUAACCUUUUAAUAUCCUGUGCUAAUCUCGGAAAAUAAUCCUAUAAAUAUAUCUGGAUUACACACACGGA